AUGGAACGGCUUGGUCAGUUUCCGCUUUGUGUGCCACUUCUACAAGGACUGAGGCCAUCUCUGCCGCCAUGGUUUCCAAUUGCACUUCGUGCUAUGCCUUCAUCACUACAGAGCAUUCUUCCUCCACCAGCAACUCGCCCGGCAUCCGACUCAGUAUCGGUAUCAAUAGCUGCCGAAGAGGAUCACUCUGUUCAGUCAGAGACAACAGAGGAAGCAGUGAACUCGCAGCUUGAGGUGGCGUCUCCCACAUCUCCGCCUGAACCACCAGCCAAUGAUGUGCUUUGCAGACCGGACUCUGCUCAGUCGAGUAUUCAGAGCGAGUCCCCGAACGGCAAUAACAAAAUGAAGAAACGUGUACUGUGUGAACGAUGUAAUAAGUCGUUUUGCGAUAAAGGAGCUUUGAAAAUUCACACAAGUGCCGUUCAUCUGAAAGAAAUGCAUAUGUGCACAAUACCCGGCUGUGGGAAAGAGUUCAGCAGCAGGAGAAGCAGGAAUCGCCAUUCGGCCAACACUAAUCCUAAGUUGCAUAUGCCAGAAGCGUCACAAACAUUUCGUGAUCAGGUCGGCAUCAACACUGCCGCUUUCACGAUGGCAGCAGCGUCCGAGGCUUCAUCAUCAAUUCUCGGGAAACGAAAAGCCGCUGCUUCUAAUCAGGAUCAAAUGGCCAUCCCUUUAGAUUUGUCAUGGAGAAAUACGGUAAUUACUGGAGAAUUUAACGCUAAGAAUGGACUCAGAAGAACGUUCGAAGAACGUUACAAUGAGACCCUAAGAUUAGAAUGGGACAAUCAGGACGUCUGA